AUGUCUGUAAUCAGAUUCAGUAACCUCUCUUGGGAUCAAGUUAUCACACUGGAUCAAGUGUUGGGUGAAGUAAUUCCAGUUCAUGGAAGGGGGAAUUUUCCCACAUUGGAAGUAAAACCAAAAGAUAUCAUUCAUGUUGUUAAAGAUCAAUUAAUAGAGCAAGGAAUUAUUGUAAAAGAUGUACGAUUGAAUGGUUCCACAGCAAGUUACAUACUUUCAAGUCACAAUGGAAUCACCUAUAAGGAUCUUGAUGUUAUUUUUGGUGUUGAAUUACCAGAUGAUCAAAAAUUUCAGGUUGUUAAAGAUACGGUUCUAAGUUGUUUACUCGACUUUUUGCCAAAAGGUGUAAAAAAGGAAAAGAUUACUGUGAAGACCAUGAAAGAGGCAUAUGUACAAAAAAUGGUCAAAGUUUGUAAUAAACAUGAUCGUUGGAGUCUCAUCUCUCUUUCUAAUAAUUCUGGGAAGAAUGUAGAACUAAAAUUUGUAAAUUCACUCAGACGACAAUUUGAGUUUAGUGUAGAUUCCUUUCAAAUUGCUUUGGGCUCUAUGUUAGACUUCUACUGUGAUAAAAAUGCUAAGCUAACUAAAGAAUCGUAUCCUGUUGUGGUAGCUGAAAGCAUGUAUGGAGACUUCCAAGAAGCAAUGAUGCAUUUGCAAUGCAAGCUUAUAUCUACCAGAAAACCUGAAGAGAUUAGAGGUGGUGGUCUUCUGAAGUAUAGUAACUUGCUGGUUCAUGACUUUAAACCAGCUUGUGCAAAAGAAAUUAAGAGUCUGGAGCGUUAUAUGUGCUCUAGAUUUUUCAUUGAUUUUCCUGAUAUAGCAGAACAGCAAAAGAAAAUUGAAUCAUACCUCCGCAACCAUUGCAUAGGUGAAGGAAAAAGCAAAUAUGACUACCUUAUGACUUUGCAUGGUGUUGUAAAUGAAAGCACUGUUUGCCUUAUGGGAAAUGAAAGAAGACAGACACUUAAUAUGAUCACCCUUAUGGCUUUAAAAGCACUUGGAGAGCAGAAUAUCUUACCUAGUACAGACAGUGUAACUUGCUUUUAUCAGCCUGCUCCAUACUUCACUGCUGAGAGAGGGUGCUGUACUUACUUUGUAAUGGCUGGACCACCACCUUUAUUCUUUCACCCAUCCCACCCAUUGCACAUUCAUAUGCCACAUGGUAUGAUGUAA